AUUUUUCAUUUUUUCUUGUUGAAACCCAAAAACAAAAACCCUAAAAAACCUAAGAGAUCCGCCCCUCCCUCUUUCUUUCUUCAUCUUCCCAAAGCUCCAAACCUUCCAACCAUGGCUGCCCAAUGUCGACACAGCCGGACGCACCAACGAACUCCAUCUUCUCCAACGAAAACUAGCAGCUCCAACAAACUCCAUCUUCUCCACACCCUUAGUUUCUUAUCUUCUUAACCUAGGAGACGCACCAACAGACCCUCCGUUCUUCAACCUUCGAGUUCACCAGAAAAAAGGGACGAUAACUGUUAAAAACGAACCAAAGAGAAGUCAGCCAUCGUCGCACCCCACCAGAAGAUGCUGAAAACCAGUAGCGACAGCCACCUAGCCCGCCGGAAAAACCCUCGACCAACGGAAGAGAAACCCCAUCGCGGCCUGCUUCAUAUUUUUCCUCGACGAGCCGCUACUGCUCUUGUUUCUGCUUCAUCUUCCUCAUCAUGAUGCUCAUCGCCAUCACUGUUUUCACGCAGCUGCUACUGCUGCUCACGCAGCUGCUAUUGCUUCAGUUUUCUUCUUUACCUCCAGCUGCUGCUGCUUCGUUGUUCAACUUCAAGCCCUCGAGAUGCCUCGUCCAGCUUCUGCCCCAUCGUUCAUGGCUGAAAGUCCACCAUGACAGCCCAGCAGCCCACGACAACCCAAGCCAUGGCUACCCCGUCACAGUCAUCAUUCACCUUCAGUCCCGCCUCAUCGUCGUAGCCCGUAGUUUGUUUGAUCUAUUGGUCUACGGAUUGUUAAAGGCUAUUAAGGUACACAACUGACACGCUGGUUGUUGUAAUCCGAAAUAUGAAG